UUUGGGCUUAGAGCAGAAAUGCUUUCAGAACAGACAGCGGCCCUAGGCACAGGAUGGGAGUCCAUGAAUGUCCAGCUAAGUGGAGCAGAGCCCCAGGUGGAAAGGCGAAACCUGGAAGAGGCUCCGUGGAGAGCAGUUCCAGGGCCACUGGAGCACCUGUGCUGUGACCUUGAAGAGGAGUCCCAGUCUCUUCAAGAGAAAGCACAGUCAGCUCCCUGGGUCCCGGCUGUUCCCCAGGAAGGGGGUACUGGAGAUUGGGAGAUGGCAGCUGCACUUCUUGCAGCUGGAUCACAGGGCCUGGUUACCAUCAAAGAUGUGUCAUUGUGCUUCUCUCAGGAAGAGUGGCGGAGCCUGGACCCUUCUCAGACAGACUUUUAUGGAGAAUAUGUCAUGCAGGAAAACUGUGGAAUUGUGGUCUCUUUAAGAUUUCCAAUUCCAAAACUAGACAUGCUUUCUCAACUCGAAGGAGGAGAAGAACAAUGGGUCCCUGACCCCCAGGACUUAGAGGAAAGGGACAUCCUGAGGGUCACAUACACAGGAAAUGGAAGUGAACACGAAGGGGACACCCCUGAACUAGAAGCAGACCCUCCCAGAAUGUGGUCUAGCGUGUCCGAAGACACCGUGCUCUGGAACCCAGAGCAGGAGGAGAACUGGAAUUCCGUGCCAAGAAGCUCCCGAGGUCUGCUCUUGGGCCCACCUUUCCUUCAGGAAGAUCGUUUCUCGAAUCUUCUGUGCAGCACCGAGAUGGAUUCCCUGUUAAGACCGCACACCUGCCCCCAGUGUGGGAAACAGUUCGUGUGGGGCUCCCACCUGGCCAGGCACCAGCAAACGCACACGGGAGAGAGGCCCUACAGCUGCCUCAAGUGCGAGAAGAGCUUUGGGCGAAGACAUCACCUCAUCCGGCACCAGAAGACCCACCUGCAGGACAAGCCCAGCAGGUGCUCGGAGUGUGGCAAGAAUUUCAGGUGCAACUCCCACCUGGCCAGCCACCAGAGAGUGCACGCGGAGGGGAAAGCCUGCAGGGCCCAGGAAGAGGAGGAGGGCGCCAGGGCCCAGAAGCGCCAGCGGGCCCCACCCGUGCCCAAGUGCCAUGUGUGCACUGAGUGUGGCAAGAGCUUCGGCCGGCGGCACCACCUGGUGAGACACUGGCUGACCCACACUGGGGAGAAGCCCUUCCAGUGUCCUCGCUGCGAGAAGAGCUUUGGCCGCAAGCACCACCUGGACAGGCACCUCCUGACCCACCAGGGACAAAGUCCUCGGAGCACCUGGGACAGGGGCGCUUCUGCCUUUUGAGAUCUCUCCCUGCUGCAGCUAGAGGCACGUCUUACCCGCUGGCACUUAGCCAGAGUCCCUGGCAGAGCUGCCACUCUCAGCACACGGAUGGCCAGCGUCAGGAAACUGCCCCCGUCCUCGAAAGAUGAGCUCCCAGCCUUGGCUAGUGCAUUGCUCACCACUUCUGUGAGGUAUCCAUAAAGUAGAGCUCUUCGGGCAAAACUUUUGGGAAACAGUGCAGACUGCGUGGGCCUGUUUAUUAUAUUCAGCCCAACUCGGUCCCCAAGAGGGAUCCAGUGAUGGUAGUUGGGGGCUGAGGCCUGUUUUGAUUGGAUGGAGCCAAAGCCAUAUAUCAGUUGUUAUAUACUUGGGGUACCGCCCCUUUGUAUUCUGUUAUAUUCUCCUUCUCAGGAGGGAUUAAAAUAUCAUAUUAGCUAUGUUAAAGGCUCUAAAAACUUGCACCGUAAAACCAAUUGCUCAUCCUCUUUUAUGCAGUGUUUCCUAAACUUCCUUGCCUCAGUAAGCCAUUCUAGCUCUCAUCCUACAGAACUGGUGACUCUGAAACACUCUGGUGAACACUGGGUUAAAGAGUAAUAAGGAAAAAGGAAAGAGAUCAUUAGCAGGCACCCAGCACCCAGAGACACCCCUCUUUUUUUUGAAUCUAGGCGAAAACUAUGGGGCAGGCCUCAUUCUUCUGUGGGUCCAUCAUUCACUUACCCCAGUCAUCUGAAUAUAUAUAUCUACACUUCUCACCUCCACUGGCUGCAAGACAAAUAAUAACCUUUUUGCCUAUUAUUCUUACUCCCUACAUUCUGCAUACACAUAUACCCUGCUAAAAGAUCACACUCCAGAACUAAGAGACGUACUCUAUACAUACAUAACCCUGAGUAACCCAGGCCCAUACAGAAGAUAAAACUUGAUUCCCUUGAACAGACCCAUAUCUGAACCGUAUCUUUGUGUCUAUGUGUAUCUGUGGAGGGUCCUUGAAGAGAGCAUGCAAAAAAAAAAAAAAAAUGUGCAGACUGUGAAAGCUAGGUUUUCUAGGGCUGUGUUCUUGAGGCUGUGUUCUGGGUG